AUGCGUUUUUGCGGAGACUUAAUUCUUGAUGCAGCAGGAAAACAAAAGUUGGAUGAUAAAAUACCUGAAUUAGUCCAGUUGAUAUUAUACUUGCAGGGCAGGAAAAAGCAAUGCACCAAAGUUCCAAAUAUUAGAAUUUGGGAGCGGUGUAUCGACCAAACGAUUGGUAUUCUGGAUGAAGUUGUUGGUGUGAAGGUAUGUAAAGCAAAAACUUCUGAAGGAUACCAGUUGUAUGUAAAGAAUGGCUUGAAAAUUCAACAUGAGACUGUUGAUGAGAACCGCUAUUACUCAGAAGAGGAUAAAGCAAAGUAUGGGCUGCUAAUUGCGAUCCUGAUGUUCAUUUAUAUGAUGCAUCGUCCUGGUUCUCUUAAUUGUGCAGUUUCCGAGAGUUCAAUAAAAAUUUUCUUGAAAGAAAUGGGUGUUACUGAGAAUAGUUGUUUUGGGAACCAAGCGGAUUUGAGCCAGCUACUUGGAGCCGCACGUACUGCAGAAUUCAUUUCACAAGGUUGGUUAGCUUUUACAAAGGGGACGGAUGAAAGUGGUUGCGAAACUGUAACAUAUGAGUGGGGACCUCGGGCGAAAUCCGUCAUCAAUCCAAUGACAAUUCUCCAGGCAUAUUGUACCAUGGAUGGUUAG